AUCACAGUUUAUAAUAUGCUGACGGCAGCAGCUUCCGUAUCAACUAGCUUUAUAGCUUAAACCCCUCCUUCGAAACAGAACCCCUUUGGUAAGCUAAGCCUUUUAUCGUAAUUCCCCAGCUCCAAUCACUCACUCACUAACUGUAUAGCUGACAAGUUUGUUUGAGAUGCAGUGAUUUAUAAUAAGAAUGGAAAUCAAAGAUGAUAAAGUGAAGAAGGCGCAAGUCGUGGAAACCAGGGCAAGAAAUAUCAGCCACAACGUGCGAUGUACAGAAUGUGGGAGUCAGUCUAUUGAAGAUUCACAAGCAGAUAUCGCAAUUCUCCUCAGAAAGUUAAUUCGUGAUGAGAUUCGAGCUGGAAAGAGUGACAAAGAGAUUUAUAAAAAGCUUGAAGAGGACUACGGUGAGACGGUACUUUAUGCCCCAAAGUUUGAUCUGCAGACUGCAGCCUUGUGGCUAUCACCGCUGCUUGUUGCAGGUGCUGCUGGUGGUAUGUGGGCUUACAAUAAACACAGACAAAAGACUAACGUGCACAUCAUGGCUUUGAACCUUGUUAGAGGUGUUCCACUGACCCCAAAGGAGAAGGAAACUAUGCUAGACUUGCUCACACCUCCUCCUCCAUAAGGUGUUACACCUUCCUCCUUGUGGAGUCGGUGGCGAGGUUGGUGAUGGGUUUUUUUCCUAUCUUUUCCUUGAUGGACCUUGAAGUUUCUUUCAUUGAUGAAUAAUCUCAUAUAUUGACGAGAGUCUCAUAUAUAGUUGAUUAUUGGAAUUAUAUUAUGUUUGCAUCUGUUCCGAUUAUCUCACCCUGACGUCUCUCAUAUGAAGUUGUUUUGGUAAAAAUAAAAAAUAAAAAGGCCUGACUUGUAUAA